AAAAAAAGGUGAAAAAGGGUAUCUUGGACUUGGAGUAGGAGAAGGAAAGUAUUGGGAAACGAAAAAGAGGAGGUGGAGAGGGUUUGGUAUAAUUUUACAUUUAACAUCAGUUUUGUCUCUCUUCCUCUCUGCUCCAGAGCGGCGAUCGGAUCCUUCUCCUGAUCCGACCCAAAUUCAAUUUUUGAUUCACAUUAUCAUAAUCUUCAACUAGUUGCAAUUGUGUUGAAACACACAGUCGAUCAACACAAGGAGGCUUAGCUUAUCAAUUAAUCUAUCAUCUUAAUUAUCAAACCCUAAUUUCAAUGGCAGCUGCAGAUACAUCGUUAUCCUCCUCAUCAUCCUCAUCUGUAUCGAUGACUAGUCCGUCUUGGACUCAACAAGAAGAAGCGCCGCCGGUGAUUUCUGUUGUAAUCGGCGGUGAGUCUGGUAAUCAGGAUAACAGUAAUGCUGGUGGCUUGAAGCAAGUGUGGGGGAAGCCGGUUAAUGUGAAUGGGAGUAGUGGUGGUGCUGCUGUUUUGAGUGCUGCGGUGGCUACGGUUGAUGUUAGUUCUCGUGCUAGUGAGGCUCCUGCUGCCGGUGUUGUUAUGGAUACGCACUCGUGGCCUGCGCUUUCCAAAGCGCCUCCCAAAUCUGCUUCUUCCGAUUCCGUGCCGACAUCUCACUCGGGUAGUGGAAUGGGCUCUAUAUCUUCAAGUAAACAAGUUAUAGGAAAUACUUCAAGUCCUAAUUCAAAUGUGAAUCAUGUAACAAAUACACGCCAAAGGUCUAUAAAGCGUGGUACAAACAAUGGUGGCUUUAUUCAGCCAUCUUCACCACAACCACAAGCUCCAGCUGUGGAAGUGCUGCCAGGAAAGCCUGGUAUUACUACUGGGGAAUCUUCCUCCCAUAAGGAGGGUGGUCCAAAGGGAGGAUUUGGGAAUGAUCACCAACCCCAGCGUAGUAAUUCCUUUAACAGGCGGGGAGGUGGUGGGCAGCAUCCGCGUGGAGAUGCUUCUUAUCAUCAUAGUUCUGGGGGAAGACGUGAUCAGGAUCGUGGGAAUCAGGACUGGAAUCAUACUCAGCAGAGUUAUGGUAGCAGAGACAACUACAUGCAGCAGCAGAGAGGUGCUCAUAGGGGCUAUCCACGAGGCCCGCAUGCGUCUCCAUUCAUUGCUCCUCAACCUUUGCCUGUCCGCCCAUAUCCUAAUCACAUGGUUUUCCCCACAGAUGUUCCGCAGCCUGUAUUUUAUGUUCAAAGUCCGGAAUCUCUUAGAGGAGUUGUGCCUAUCAUGCCACAAGUGGCAGCUCAUCCUAUGUAUUAUCCUCCCAUUCCAGAUCCUCAAUUGCAUGUUAAGAUUAUGAAUCAGAUAGAAUAUUAUUUCAGCAAUGAGAAUUUAGUUAAAGAUACAUUCUUGCGACGGAACAUGGAUGAGCAGGGAUGGGUUCCUAUUAAGUUAAUUGCAGGUUUUAAAAAAGUUAUGAAUUUGACAGACAAUAUUCUACUCAUAUUGAAUGCUGUUCAGGCAUCGACUGUUGUUGAAGUCCAGAAUGACAGAAUUAGGAAGCGAAAUGAGUGGAUGAAAUGGAUCAUGCCUCCUGGCCCGUUUUCUCCUGUAUCAAGCCCCCAGGCUCGUGCAAAAUCUGGUCAUGAUAUGCUAACAGGUCAGUUUCAAGGUGUUACUUUGGAUGAGAGGUCGGUGCAUGGCCACACUGACAUGUUUAAGAAGUCAUUAUCUGGAGAAUUUAGUAGCCAAUUGCAACAUUCUGGAGGUGAAGGUGAUGUUCAUUCUGGUUUUGAGCACAAAAGUUCUGCGGGGAGUCUAAGUAAGUGAUCACAGAUAUUUUUCAUGCCUAGUCUGAGAGAGAAAGAGAGGGAGUACUUCUAUGCCGGUGACAAACAUUUUAAGUCUGCUGGGUUGUCUAUGUAUCUUACCAGUUGGUGAUGGUUCUGCGUCGUGGAGUGGGAAAUAGACAAAAAAAAUAAUAGGGGAAGAAAAACAUAAAGAAGAAACGUAAUAAAACUCUAAUAAAACAACAAAAAACGAAGAAUAUGUUGCGACUUGAAGGAAGUGUUUGAGAAUUUUGGAUUAAUGUUUCAUAAUGGUUGGGAUCAGUUUUAUAUAUUUAUAUGUGUUAUGAUUUUGUGGUU